AAGAGUUGUCUGUUCUAUGUUUUUAAUUUUUCAAUAUUUUUAAAUAUUUGUUAUUAUUUAUAUGGAAUCAAUUGCCUAUUCAAUAAGGCAUCUAUUUAUUUUGUAAAAAGAAGGAGUUUACUCAAUACAUAAUAGUAUGCCGAAUCCAGAGGCCAGUAGCACCCCCUCAAAUCUUAGGAUUCGCAGCCGGAAAGGUAUACAUGUACAAAAUAUUUCUCAUACAAGCCCUAUUGGAAAAGCCACUCCUAAAGACUGUUUCGGACAACAACAGACAGAAACCAGAAAAUUCGAAAAUGACAACAUGUGGUCACAAGGUUUUUCCCAGGAGGGUUUUUUUUACAGUUCAGAUUCAGAUUCACAAAGUUCUAUUGAGCAAGAAACUUGCCUCAUUGAUUCUGACAAUAAUAAAUUUACCACAAAAUACUACUAUUUAAUGGCAGUAAUAAUGGCAUUUCUAAUGAUUGCUAUAUUAUUAUUGCCUCAAUACAAAGGAAUCUCAAAUAAUAAAUAUUCUAUUGAAGACUUAGAAAAUCAAUUCAACAAACAAGAUAAACAUUUCUGGCCUAGCAUCAGAGUCAAUGUACAAGAAAUACUUGAAUUCCAACAGCCAAGAGUGAUAAUAUUCCUAUAUGAAAACCACUCUUUGACUAUUGUGGAAAAUAUUGUGACAAGCAUUUCCAAGGUGGCAGUUUGUCUUUUGUCAGAUUGUUCCCAGGAACCAAUCAACAUCGAAGGCUCUGUCUUAAGUCCUAUUGCAAUCCAAGACGAUUUUGGCAGCAUUGUUUCAAAUUACCGCCAACAAUUAGACAAAUCUGGUGUCUUUAUUAUAAGGAAUUUACAAUUAGUGCCUGGUAAAUCGGCUCAGGCGUUACAUCUGUUAUGUGACGAAUACAACCCUUUAAUUAAAAGGGCAUUGUUUUUGUUUACUGUUAAAGUUGACAGUGGGUUAUUGCCUCAUGAUAAAUAUACUGCCACCCAAUUUUUGGAAACUCUAUUGCUUAAAGCUUGGGAUGAUAUUGGGGUAGAUGAUAAAUUUUAUCCCUUGUUUGCCAGGAUAUCAGGAACAAUUUUAACUGUACGAUAAAUAUUUUUUCCAGUAUAAUUUUGUUUUAUUUAAAGCAGGAAGCAAAUAAUUAUAACAAGUUCAAACUAACUAAUUAACGUUUUUAAUUGUUAAUUACCAGCCAUAUUAAAACUAUC